CACUACCCCCAGCCCACCAAGGAAAAUGGCGACAGCUGAGGUACUGAACAUUGGUAAUAAGCUCUAUGAGGGUAAAACAAAAGAAGUCUAUGAAUUGUUAGAUAGUCCAGGAAAAGUUCUCCUGCAGUCCAAGGACCAGAUUACAGCAGGAAAUGCAGCCAGAAAGAAUCACCUGGAAGGAAAAGCUGCAAUCUCAAAUAAAAUUACCAGUUGUAUUUUUCAGUUGUUACAGAUAGGUAUCAAAACUGCUUUCACCAGAAAAUGGGGGGAGACAGCUUUCAUUGCACCCAAGUGUGAAAUGAUUCCAAUUGAAUGGGUUUGUAGAAGAAUAGCAACUGGUUCUUUUCUCAAAAGAAAUCCUGGUGUCAAGGAAGGAUAUAAGUUUUACCCACCUAAAGUGGAGAUGUUUUUCAAGGAUGAUGCCAAUAAUGAUCCACAGUGGUCUGAGGAACAGAUCAUUGCUGCAAAAUUUUGCUUUGCUGGACUUGUUAUAGGCCAAACUGAAGUGGAUAUCAUGAGUCAUGCUACACAGGCUAUUUUUGAAAUUCUGGAGAAAUCCUGGUUGCCCCAGGAUUGUACACUGGUUGAUAUGAAGAUUGAGUUUGGUGUUGAUGUCACCACCAAAGAAAUUGUUCUUGCUGAUGUUAUUGAUAAUGAUUCCUGGAGACUCUGGCCGUCAGGAGAUCGAAGCCAACAGAAAGACAAACAGUCAUAUCGUGACCUCAAGGAAGUAACUCCUGAAGGGCUCCAGAUGGUAAAGAAAAAUUUUGAGUGGGUUGCAGAAAGAGUAGAGUUGCUUCUGAAGCCAGAAAGUCAGUGCAGGGUUGUAGUAUUGAUGGGCUCAACUUCUGAUCUCGGUCACUGUGAAAAAAUCAAGAAGGCUUGUGGAAACUUUGGCAUUCCAUGUGAACUUCGGGUAACAUCUGCUCAUAAAGGACCAGAUGAAACUCUGAGGAUUAAAGCUGAGUAUGAAGGGGAUGGCAUUCCUACUGUAUUUGUGGCAGUGGCAGGCAGAAGCAAUGGUUUAGGACCAGUGAUGUCUGGUAACACUGCGUACCCAGUUAUCAGCUGUCCUCCCCUAACUCCAGACUGGGGAGCUCAGGAUGUGUGGUCUUCUCUUCGACUACCCAGUGGUCUUGGCUGUCCAACAAUACUU